CGAGAGGCAGCGCGCUACGGCGCCGGGGGCGCGCGCCGCACCCCCCUCCGGGGCGCCCGGGCCGCGCGCGAUGCGCCGGCGAGAGGGGGGCUGCCCGCUGCCGCCCUGGGGCCGCAUCGCGGGCGCCGGCGCGCUCAUCGUCUUGCGGGCGGCGGCGGAGCCCCGGGCUGCGGCGGGGCUCCCAGACUGCGGUGGGGCGCAGGACUGGGCUUCCUACCCAUGGGCGCUGGCCACAAAGCUACACGCUGGGUGGCACAACGCGGCCGGGCAGCUUAAGUUGCGGAUGGGCCGCACCGAGUCGUCGAUUGACAGCUUCCAGGCCUGCGUCGACAUCGACCCGUGCGCGGCGCAUGCGCAGUACCAGCUCGCCACGCUGCUGUACGAGCAUGGCAACCUCAACCGCAGCGAGCUUCACUUCGAGCUGGCGGUGAACGCCGACCCGAACCAGCACUUUGCGCGGCUGCGCCUCAGCGCCCUCAGGCAGCUGCGGGCCCAGGCGACGUUCUGGAGCCAUCUGGACGUGGCGCAGAAGACGCGGCCAGACCUGAACGCCUCCGAGCACUGGGCGCAUAUGCGGAGCAAAGACGCCUCGCCGUACCACGCGCAGUGCGCCGAGGUGCGCACCGCGCGCGCGCUCUCCGAUGCGCAGCGCGGGCUCCGUUGCCGUCGUCCUCGCCAGCUUCGCGAGGCUGAGGUCUUGAGGCAGUGGCCGCCCGUCCAGUUGGCAAUGAAUUCGCCCCCAGUUAUCACCGAGGACUUGGCCGGCAUCCUGGAAAAGGAAAGAAGAGUGUUCAAGACCGCUUGCAGGGCAAUUCCGGCAAGACUAUCCAAGCGGUUGCCUGGCGCGUUGGCCGCAGUGCGAAGACAAGAGAACAGCUCUGAGUGGAUGGUCCCGUGGGCCGUCAACAGGCUGCGGCACUUCGGGGGCCUCGCCAACGGGACAGUGGGGUUGCUCCACACGAUCUGGUUCCAGGGCUGGCAGGAGGUGGCGUCCUCCCCCGCAGUGGCGGCGGCCCUCGAGGACGAGUCCCUGGACGAGAUCCUCGCGAUCGUAGUUGGCAGUGGCUUAGGGUCCACGUGCCUAUUCGCGCUGGCCUUGGGCGCCACACGCUGCAUCGGGUACGACGUCUUGUGCGAGGGGCUCGUGGAGCCCGCGCGCGGGAUCGUGGAGGAGCACGACCUGAGCGGAGGCGAGGUGGAGUUCCGCUGCGGCGACGCACGUCGCAUGAAAGAGCUGCCUGAGGCCACCUUGGUUUUCGUCAACGACCACUCUUUGCCAGAACAGAUCCGGGGAGACUUCCAGAAGCUCAUGGCGAGAGACCUUCGCAACGGCGCAGUGGCCCUGUCCACGACAGAGUUGCGGUCUCCAGAGACGGCGGGCUUGCAGGUUGUUGGCGGCAUGCGCGUGAUGGCCUCUUGGGCAUUCAGUGUCCCUGUGUAUGUUCUCCAGUCGGCGGGGGGACGUGGUCCCAAUGCAGGCAAGGGCCGUAGCCGGCCUACCAGGCGAGAAUUGUAGUUACCUGCUGGUUACUCGCCAAGGUGCCCCCGCGCCCCAAGUAGCUCGAGCUGCCGCACACCGAAUCCAGAACGCCAAUGUUCGUCCUGGAAUGGCCAGGGCAGCCAAGGUAGUGCUGGGUGCGAUUGUGCACGACGGAGAUUAAAACUGAUACCGCUUACUCAGUGA